GCAGAUAGAAAUGAGUAUGAGUGCCAUAAAUGUGCCGCCACCUAUAAAGACGCCAGCCACCGAUAUAAACUGCGUGUGAAGGUCUCGGAGGAGAACAGACUUUGUGUUAUCACCAUAUUUGGGAAAUGUUUGGAGCAGGUUUUUGGAGGCAGCGCUGAUUUCUUGCACAGUCAAUUGCAGGUUUCUUCCCAACUUUCCCGGGAUCUAGAACAUGACAGAGCUCAGGAACUGUUACUCCAGGCGGCCGAACAUUGUCUUAUCGGCAGGAGCUUCAUCUUUGCCGUCAAGAUUCCCCAGAAUUUUGAAAAAAGCAAUUCCCCCUCGCAUCGGGAUCGGAACAUCGUUGCCUGUCAGAUUAUUCUCUUCAAUGAAGACCCGAUGAGCUGCACCGUUCUCAGCUACUUCAACCGGCUGGUGGCGUCCGUAUUAGGCAAUAACCCCAUACACGCCAAGACCGAUGUCUCUACAGACACCACAAACCGGGGAGAUCUUAGUGCAUUGGAGUUUUCUGAGCGCAGCUCUGGCCUCCCUCAGAGCUGGAAUCAUUAUGCCGAGUACUGGCAGCAGUCUCUUGGCUUGGUGUCCUCAUCCCUAAGCAAUACAUUAUGCAAGUACAGGCAAGGUGAAGGUAACGAGACCGAGCAAGAUCUGUGUGCAGAAGAUGUGACGUCUCAAAAGACAACAGUAUCCACACGGAGAAAACUUAAUGCAACAGAUACGAGAAUCAGUACUCAAGGAGUUAAGUGUUCCUCCUCUGGGCACAUUCACAGUAAUACUCACAGCCCUCCAAGUUCCUCACAUUUCCAUAGUUUCUCUUCCAAAUCAAAAUUGCUUCUUGGCCAAGAGUCGUAUUUGCAGAAUGUUCGUAAGUCAGGAAGUCGCCGGAGCCAAAGCUGUUCAGCAAGCAGCACGCAUCUCCUUCCCCAGACGGCUGAAAUCCAUCAAGCUGAGGAGGAAAUCUGCGAAGACUUCCCGUUCUCCGAAAGCCUAAGCGAGUUUAUGGCGCAAAUUGAAGAUGCCGAAGGCUUAAGGCCUGCAGAAAUCAUAGAGGAAAACAUAUCACACGGAAGAGACGACGGGCGAUCGCGUAACUUGAACAUUCCAUCCCAAAUUUAUAUCAUCGCGAAAUCUGCUUCACGUUGCGGCUUGAGCCACCCUAGUGAAGAUACCGGUUUAGUCGAUCGGACCUUAGAUUCUGCAGAUUUAACUUUGGGUUGUUUCCAAGAGAUGCGCAGUCCCUUUAAUAGUCUUUCAACCUGUUGGCAGGAACGACAAAUUCCAACGAAGGUGCUUUUGAAUGGAACAUACGAUAGCUUAGACUUAACUAGUGUUAUGAAAGAUCUGGACAAGUCUGCAGUGGCAUCGGAAAAGGUGAUAGGUGGUGAAAAAAACUGUUCUGAUUCCGGGGCUGAGCUAACUAGUAAGAUCAAAUGCUUCGGAGACCUCUACAAUGCUUCUGCAGAUCUCUUCGAGGCUAGUAAUAAUCCAAAAGAUGACACUUUAUGGUUGCAAAACGAUGGCUUUCCAAAUGGACAACUGGUUUGUUUGACCACUUCUCCCUGUACAGAUGUCCUUCCAUAUCAGCGUAGAAAGUCUCGCUCCAGUGUCAGCUCCUUGUCGGAGGAUUGUAGAGCGUGGAAUAAUUUGGCCAUGGAAGACUUUGUCCCUUACCUGCAAUCCACUCCAGUACUAAGACGACUUUCAAGAAGCGGCAGACUUUCUAGUGACACGUGGAACUGUACCGGUGUUUCCGUACAGACUCGAUCAAGUAGCACCAUAAGACGUUUAUUCCUCAAGAACAUGAGGCAACGAAAAUCUGCUGUGAUUUAUAGACUCUCUGGGAACUAUUCCUUAUGGUCUCCAAAUUUGUCCCCGUUUUCCAAUGCCGAGGGGUCAACCGCUCCGUUCCCAAGGACUGGAAGGAAAAUGUUGUCUCACUACCCUUGGAGGAAGGGGUCUGUUCUGGACAAUAAAGAGAAUUACAAUAACCAAACGGGUCAUAAUACGAACAUAACGUGUACUGUAAAGGAGACUGACAAAGGGAAGAAAGAACCAAUAGAACAUAUUGCUGCUACACUGGAUCAUCCAAAGCAUCUGUCGCCUGUAAACCACUUGUUGCAGGAAGGUGAAGACGGACUUUGUUCUUUGGAAGAUACACUUCUUCCAAGUGACUGGUCUCCAGAACUGUUCUCUGGAAAGUCAGAUAUUUCUCAUCCAAGUGACGGUCUUCAGAGACGUUUGUUUUAACUAGUUAAAUGGGAUUGACAUUGCGUCU